CCUACACACACACACACACACACACACACACACACACACACACAGAGAGAGUGAGAGUCCGCCCCCUCUCCUCAGCUCCUGUCCGGGGAGCCCAGCACAUCCAGCAGCAUCAGACCUGUGGAGGAGCCAAACACUUCUACUCCUACUUCAGCUGUUUUCUGUUGUAACCAACACAUCAGGAUGGGAGUUAGAGGAGCGGUUUGCAACAAGCCUGCAGGCGUCCUGUAAGUGACGGACCCAGCUGGUGGUUGCUCCCUGCUUGCUGAGCGUUUCCACACACACCUGCUCGCUGAGAGAAGCAGGAGGGGGGGGAGAGGAACCAUGAUUGACCUGAGCCACCUGACGGAGGAGGAGCAGGGGGCGAUAAUGACGGUGCUGAGGAGGGACGCCGAGCUGAAGAAAGCCGAGGAGGAGAGAAUCAGGAAACUGGAGAAGAUUCUGGACAGCGGAUCGCAGCCAGACACCGAGCGGAAGUACCGGACUGGAGAGUGGUUUUACGAGGCCAAGUCUCGCAGACACAUGGACAAGAUUCACGGCUCUGAGAUCAUCCUGGCCUCCAUGAAAAAGAGGAAAGCUGGUUUAGAUGGUUCCCUCAGAAUUGAAAGAUCCAAGACACCCAGCAGUCGAGGUUCAGACAUCGUCGCUCCACCAAAACCUGCCAGAUUUUUGGAACCACUACAACAGCAGGACAUCAACGAUGCAGAAAAAGAGAAUCUAAAUUCAGCAGUCCGCUCUCCAAGAACGCCGAGGCACAACCCUUUCAACCGCCCUUCCCUUAUUGUUGUUGAGCCACCUGGAAAUAAUGAUGACAUGUCAACCAGUCGGGACCAGGUGUCAUCUGAGACAGAGCCCAUAUCUCCACUGAAGAGCCAGCCAGCAGAGGCCAGUCAGACGUCAGGGAGCUCCCUCACAUCAGAGUGCUCCUCUGUAGGUUUCAGGCCAGUGCCAAAGAAGAGGACAUUUCUAUCCAGACGUACCUCCAGUCAGUCAGAAAGCAACAGCCUGGUAUUAGACGCUCAGGGAGGGUCAGCGGGGAUUGUUCCCGCCCCGAGACGGAGCCUCCAGCGAGGGUCCAGUGACAGCUCUAACCAGUCCUACCUGAAGGGCCAAGAUGAAAUACCUCAGAAAAGUGUUGUUCCUAAUCAAGUAUCUCAGUCUGCUCAGCCAUUCAAACCUCUAGAUAAAAACUCUCAGCAUACACUAUACGAUUUAUCUCAGGUUUCGUCUAAUUCCAGUCUGGAGAGAGAAAAAACCCCACCUUCUAUAACAAGAGACAGGUCAGUGGACGCUUCCUCCCGCAACUCUGACCCCAACGUUUUAAUUCAACUCUCUAAUCCUUCCACUGCACCUCACAACCUGCAUCAUUUCAGACCAGCCGCAUUUAGCAGGAGUGAUGCGUCCACUGGCACAGAGAUCCCAAAGAAGGGCGAUACACGAGAUGAUCAGACACAAAGAGAACAUGCGGCGGUGAACACUGUCGCCCUGCACACCGGCAGCAUUCAGGAUCCAGACAGAGAAAACAACAGCAGUGUGGGAACAGCAAUGAGGCAGGAAGAGCUGAGUCUGCCCCAAAGCAUUGUGGAUCCACAUCCUCCAGAAUCUUAUGAUCUCAUCUUCAUUGAUAAGUCUGAUAAGCAAACGCAGAAGAAAUCCAAUCAGAAACACGCGUUUCAAUUAUCCACUCAGACCACCAGUCCCACUGGUGAUGAGGAGGACUCCAUCGCGAAGGUGCUGGACUGGUUCUGCCGCAGCACAGACAGCAUUGAUUCGCUAAAGACAGACGACGGUCCUAGGGCGACAAAGAGCUCCGACAAACAUGUCGAAAUCAGCAAAAUAAGAGGUGAAGAUUCAUUACGAAAAGAUGCUGGGGAUAUUAUAAGUGAUUGGAAAAAUGAAACCCUUGAGAUGAGGAGGAAUAACUUACAAAGACAAACCAAUGAGGCUAAAGAGUUAAGAACAACAGGCAGAGAAACACAAGAAGAGGUAAAGGAUACCAGAGAAAGAAUGCUGUCACAGGAAGUUAAAGAUAAUAAUGAUGAAAGCCAACCGCCCCAAAUCAGUCAUCUGAAGUCAUUCUGGGAGAAAAGCAACCCGGGACCUAAAAUACUUAUCAGCAAAUCAAUCACACCCAGCCACAACAAACAAAAACCUGUUCACCUCUCAGUGGAGAAAGACGAGGAACAAGUAAACAAACCCCACAGAGCACCUGAUAUGCCCUCUGUGACCGGAGUGUACAACAGGGAGGAGAUUUAUGAUAAGCCUGCUUCAAAUCAUCAGGAAAAGAGAGAAAAACAGAAAGAUACUGGAGACAAUGUUCAAUCAAAUAAUAAACAGGAGGUAGACAGUCUGGGGAUGAAUACUUUAACUCAAAGGAACAAUAAUGACCCAACAUACAACUUAGAUUAUUUAAAGUUAGUAGCCAGUCUCCAAGUAUCUGACAGAAGAGGUUCAGAGACUGAGAUUUUAAGUGUAACCAGACUUAGUCCACAGCCCAGGACACCCAUCCAGUCCAGUCCACAACCUGACAGUAUCUCCCAAUCCAGAGAAACCUCACUGCAAAACGAACUGUCCAAGACUAUUCCUGUGUCUCAGCUGGAUACAGAUCCAGACUCUGAGAAGCUCCACAUGUCCAGAAACCACCCAUAUACGGACUACAAGCAAGGCACCAAUGAUAUACAAAUCACCCCUAAAACACAAAUGCGUAGAGGUUCAAGUGAAGAGGUAAAGAGAAUGGACAGUGAAGAUAAAAGCGUGCAAUCAAGCAUGUCUCCCAAACGGAAAGAGGAUACAUUUAAUAAAGACAGAAUGACUCACUCAAACAGACAAGGUUUGCCACAUCAAGAAAGCAUUGCAGAGAAGAUAAAGCAGCUCAAAUCUUUUUGGGAGAAUGAGAGAGACAAGUCCCCGUUUUACACCGGCAAACCUAAAGCUCUCGGGGAAGGUAAAGUCGCUCGUGGUGCAAAUCAAGCAAAACUGAAUAAAAGAUAUACAAAGUCCGAGUACGACCUGACGUCAAUUGGAAAUGAUUCAAGCAGCGAUGAGGAAGAUUCUGAUAGAAAUCGUCACAAUUUCACUGUUCUUCCUUUGAAUCAGAGACUAGACAAGUUGUCCCCUAGCCUGAGCACGAGCCGCACACAAUUUAACACUCUGCGUGAGUUCUGGGGCGAGGCCACGUCAGAUGCCAAGGGAUCAUUUUCCUUCGACAAACCCAAAAGCCCCAAAAGGAAAGAGCCCAUUAGUGCCCAGCUUUCAUCUCAGGAGUUAAAGUGCGCCGACCCUGAGGUUUACUGCGUAUCAGAGAAAACAAGACCAGCCGUCAUGAAAUCAUCUCCACCUCCUCAGAAUCGAUCGAAGUCGCCUCAUGAUAGACAGACGGGGUCGAGGGCAGCGAAUGAGGGCAAAAACAGCCAGUUUAAUUAUACGACAGCUGAGUCCAAAAGGAGCUCAAAAGACUCUAGCAGAGAGGAGAAAUCCACCAAACCCCCAAGCAGUUCAGGAAAAGAGCCUCGUUCUCCAAAGAGCAGAAAAGACAGCUUUAGCAAUUCAAGCAGUCGUGGAAAUUCCAUGCGCCGCGCCACCAGCAUGUUCGCCCUGAGCGUUCCCGAUGAAAAAGAGCUUAAAAUGGACGUAAGCCCCGUCCACUCCCAGAGCAGGAAGCAGAGGCAGAACAUGGAAAAAGGCGCCUUGCUGAGGAGAUCGUCGGAGGAAACGGAGACUCUGACUCCUCGUGCGCGGGCGUGUGUUCCCAGAGACUACCGCCAUUACCUGGGAAUGACCGAUGAGACCAGCGUCCACACCUCCCUCGCCCCGCUGGUGAAGGACCAGGGGUCCGAGGGGAAGUCUGCCUAUGAGUUUGACCUGGAUGGGCCGAUGAGGGCCAGCACUCCGGUGAUCUCAGAGGAGCGUUACGGCAGGAGGGGCAGCAAGGCGAGUCAGCGCCCUCUGUGGCCAAACUACAGCAGUUCAGACGCAGGUCAGGAGUCAUCGGUGAGCAGCACGUCAGAAACCUGGUCCAGGAACGGUUCAAACCGUGAGAAUGACGGUGACGGCCCAAGUCUUGUAAGGAAAGCGCUGAGGCGAGCAGAAGCACGGCCUAAAAAUCUGGCUAAAAGUAUGGAGGACAUCACAGCAUCCUUAUCACCACGACAAGAAAGAAGGCAAGACCCAACUGCUGACAUGAGACGCAUUAGUGAUGUUUCAUCCAUCCCGUCGCCCUCCUCCUCCUUAUUUUCGGAUCCGGAGCACCUGAAGAAGAUGAGCAAAUCGGUCCCUUCGUUCUUACAGAAGGAGGACGUUGGCAGAGACACUGACUCCGCCUGCGAGGACAGUGACCCCCCAGGAAGACUAAUGACGAGCAGCUCUUUGAAUAAUCUCACCGGCUCCUCUGGCAUGGCGUCUUUGUCUUCUCUGAGUGGAAGUGUGAUGACCAUGUACAGCGGGGACUUUGGGAAUGUGGAGGUUCAGGGAAACAUCAAGUUCUCCAUCAACUACAUCCAGAAGCUCAGAGAGUUUCACAUCUUUGUGGUUGAGUGCCAAGACCUGGCUGCCGUCGACCCAAAGAGGGGCCGCUCAGAUCCGUAUGUCAAAAGCUACCUGGUUCCUGAUAAAGCUAAUCUGGGAAAGAGGAAAACAUCUGUAAAAAAGAAGACACUAAAUCCAACUUUCAACGAGAUCCUCAGAUAUCGAGUUCGCAUGGAGUACCUCCGAACCCAGACGCUCAUUCUCUCCGUUUGGCAUCACGACACCUUUGGCAGGAACAGUUUCCUGGGCGAGGUAGACGUGGACCUCUCCAGGUGGGACUUUGACCACACCCAGAUGAACUACUUAGCACUGAAAGCAAGGGCUGCACCCACUCUGGCGCCAUCACAUGGUCGAGGAGAGCUGAGACUAGCCAUACGUUUCCUGCCACAGAUCAUCCACAGCGAAGGAUUAGUUAAGGAGGGUCCAAACACCGGAGAGAUUCACAUUUGGGUGAAAGAAUGUAAAAACCUGCCUCUAAUCAGGGCCACCAUCGACCCAUAUGUCAAGUGCUUUGUGCUGCCGGACACGAGCAGGAAGAGUCGCCAGAAGACCCGUGUGCUGCGGAGGACAGUAGACCCGGUGUUUAACCACACGAUGGUGUACGACGGCAUCAAGCAGGCUGACCUAUCGGAAGCCUGCGUGGAGCUCACUGUGUGGGACCGAGACAGGCUAGCCAGCAACCUGCUGGGGGGCCUGAGGCUUGGAGCUGGAACAGGCAGAAGUUAUGGAGCACUGGUGGACUGGAUGGACUCUAGUCCCUAUGAGGCAGCCCUGUGGGAGCGCAUGAUGGCCACCCCGAAUGAAUGGGUGGAGGACGUACUCCCAUUAAGAGUGAUAAACUCUGCAAAAACUGGUUUCAAAUAAGUCAAAGUAUACCAAACUGCCAUAGUGCAAAGACAGAUAUAUAUUUGAGAGGUGAAAACACAGAGUGGUAGUAACAGUGUUAAAGGUGCCCUGCCACACAAAACCGUUUUUACUUGCAUUUUUUGAAAUAUGUUAGGUCCAUAUGUGUUUGUGUUAUGUCGUGAAUGUGAAAAUGA